UAUGGGGAAGCAGGGGCAAGGUGGGUUAGGACUGCAAGAGCUGGGCGUGGGGGCUCUGAGUGCCUUAUGCACAUUUUUUUUUUUUUUUUGCCCCAAAAUACUUGCUAGCCUUCUGCUAUCAUCAAGAAAUCCAAGGCUGAUGACACAAGGCCUCAAGGACACUCAUUUCACCAGCUGUGGCCAAGCAGUCCUCAGAGGGACAAGGACAGGCUCACUUGAGGAGGGGCUCACAGGUUUCCAUCUUCAUGUCACACUUGGGGCUUCAAGCCCAGCCUUGGUCCUGCUUCCUGUGUGGCCUCGGCUGGUCCCUUGGCCUCUCUGAAGCCUGCAAGAAGGAUGAGCUAAGUGAGCUAACGUGUGGGCCACAGCUUGUGGGGGCCGCCGCUUGCAGCUAGGUUCCUGCUUCAUGGAUCCUCUUUAUUUUUUCCUGUAAUCUCUUUUUUUAAAACAGUUUAUUUUAAUUUUCUUUGCUGUUUUUGCCAAUAUACACAGCAGAACCUACUACACCAGUUCAACAGCGUCUACAUGUACAAUUCAGUGAUGCUGAUUACAUUCUUUGAGUUGUAUAACCAGUCUCACCCUCCUUUUCUGAGUUGUUUCUGCCCCGUUAACAUAAACUCUCUGCCCCUUAGGUUUCUUACCUAAUCUUCCGAGUUGCUGUUGUCAAUUUGAUUCAUGAAGCUUCUUGAUUCAUUCAUUCCACACCAGUUUCUUGAGUCAGGCCCUGGGGACUCAGCUGUGAACAGGAUAGUCCAAGGCCCUGCCCUAGGGGGAGAUGUCAAUCACAUGAGUGUUCGGUGAGAAGGAUUGUGUCACAGAGCCUGGUGGCAUGUGGGGGCUCCCAGGACAGGGGUGAUGCGUCCUGUCUUUUCCCCACACCCAGCGUGGCCAAUUUGGAGGGUGAAUGUCCAGGGGUGGUUUGGGACACCUGCUUCACUAGCUCAGUGAGCUGUACUCCAGGGUCUGAUUGUGAUGUGACAAAGGUAGCUAAGGGGGUACAGCCGCUGGGCUCCCCCCUGGCAGAGGCUUAGGCAGCCAGGAGAGAGAGGGGGGCAGGGCAACUCAGCUUUAGUGUCCCCCCGGCCCAGGCCUCUGCCAUCUUGGGAAACAGUGGCCCAGAGUUCUAAGAAGAUGCUAACUUAACCGUCUUCCGGGCACCCCGGUCUGGUCAACAUGGCUGAAAUGCACACUCCGUAUUCUUCCUUGAAGAAGCUAUUAUUUUUCCUGAAUGGCCUCGUGGCUAUGUCUGGUGUGCUCCUCAUUGGCCUGGGCACCUGGGUCAAUGGAGGGCCCACCCUGACGAGGGUCCUUGGGCUGUCCUCUGCAUACCUCCUUCACAUUGGCUACCUGUGUUUGGCGAUGGGGUGUAUCACGGUGCUGCUUGGCUUUGCUGGGUGGUAUGGAGCUACUAAAGAAAACAGAGGCAUUCUUUUGUUUUGUUUCCUGACCCUGGUUGUCAUUGUCCUCAUGGAAAUCACGGUCGCCACAGUGAUCCUUGCUUUCUUCCCAAUUGUUCAAGACAUGGCCUUCGAGCACAUCCUCAUGACUCUGAGGAAGAAUUACAGAGGCUACAACGAGCCAGAUGACUAUUCCACAGAAUGGAACUCUGCCAUGGCGAAGCUAAGGUGCUGUGGGGUGAAUAAUUACACAGACUUUUCUGGCUCCUCCUUUGAAAUCACGAGUGGCCACACCUACCCCCGAAGCUGCUGUAAAUCCAUCCGGACCACAGCCUGUGACGGGCACAAUGUGUCCAGAGAUGUCAUCCACCAGGAGGGCUGUUUCCUCAAGCUCAUGAGAAUAACCAGGAUUCAGAGCUUCACCCUGAGUGGGGGCUCACUGGGGGCAGUGGCAAUAAAGCUGCCAGGAAUUCUUACCACCUUGCUGCUGUUCGCCAAGCUGGGCUGA